AUUGCCCAGCCAUGAGGUUAGUCGCAUUAGUUAGGCAAGUGGCGGAAAAUGAAUUACGUUUUGGCUUUGGCAUUAACCAUUUUAACAUUGGCCACCUUCCACGGCAGCUGGGCCAUUAAUCAUGUGCCCACAGCGGAAUGGUCUGAAUACAUGCAAAUGUAUCAAAAAACAUAUCCUAAUACAGCUGCGGAGGCCUUGGCUCAAUAUUAUUAUGCCUAUAACAAGCGAAUGAUUGAGAAUCACAACAAUUUGUUUGAUCGCGGUCAAAGGACAUUUAAACUGAAAAUUAAUCAAUUUACCGAUAUGCGUUUGGUACAAUUCAAUGCCAUGUUUCCCAGUGUAACACCUCCCACAACCUCGUUUGCCCAACCCGGGCCGGAAACAAUAGAAGCUCCUGUGUCCUAUAAUCCAUCCAAAAAUUUCGGUUACAUGUUCAGUGUGGAAAAUCAAGGCACAAAGUGUAACAGCGGCUGGGCCUAUGCUGCCGUCAAGGCCAUAGAAAUUCUGCAAGCCCAACAGGAUGGUGAUAUCAAUCCCCCAGCCUUGUCGGCACAAAAUAUCAUUGAUUGUGCCGGUGGAGCCAGAGGCUGUAAGAGUCAGUCGCCCCAAACUGCCUUUGACUAUUUGGCCCGAUAUGGCAUGGAUUUACAUACCGAGGGUGAUUAUAUGAACAACAACACCCAAACUGAACCGGGUAUGUGUGUGCCGCGUGGUCCAAUGAUUACAAAUUUGGCUCAAUACUCUUCGAUACCCGAUGGCGAUGAUGAAUCCCUGAAACGUUUUGUGGCUGCCGGUUUCCCGGUGGUGGUUGAAUUUAAUCCAGCCUCUUUUGAAUUUAUGCACUACUCCGAGGGUAUCUAUCGGCCUUCGAAUAGCAGGAGUACAGGAUCACAUUUUAUGGUUGUCAUUGGCUACGAUACCGAUGAGGAAUCCGGCAAGGAUUAUUGGAUUCUAUUGAAUUCGUUCGAUAGCACUUGGGGUGAACAGGGCAUAAUGCGUAUACUUCGAGAUAGCAGCAUUAAAUUGGCCAAGAAUGCCAUAUUCCCAUCACAAUUGGGUAAAAAUCCCGAAACGCCGUGAAUUUAAUUAAAAG